GUUUCUAGAAACACCCUGGGUGCAGCAUUUGUUGCUACAAGAAAUAUCCAUGCCUCCAAAACAUGCUAUCAGAAGACUGGUACUGCUGAGGUAUCCUCUAUUCUUGAGGAACGUAUUUUGGGAGCUGACACCUCUGCUGAACUUGAGGAGACUGGCCGUGUGCUGUCAAUUGGUGAUGGUAUUGCCCGUGUGUAUGGCCUGAGAAAUGUCCAAGCAGAAGAAAUGGUUGAAUUCUCUUCUGGAUUGAAAGGUAUGUCCUUGAAUUUGGAGCCUGACAAUGUUGGUGUUGUCGUGUUUGGUAAUGAUAGACUAAUCAAGGAAGGGGAUGUUGUGAAGAGGACUGGUGCUAUUGUGGAUGUUCCAGUCGGGGAAGAGCUGCUGGGCCGUGUUGUAGAUGCCCUGGGCAAUCCAAUUGAUGGGAAGGGUUCCAUUGCAUCCAAGACACGUAGAAGAGUUGGCUUGAAAGCCCCUGGGAUCAUUCCCAGAAUCUCUGUGCGUGAGCCUAUGCAGACUGGUAUUAAGGCUGUGGACAGCUUAGUGCCAAUCGGUCGUGGCCAGCGUGAGUUGAUCAUUGGUGACAGGCAGACUGGGAAAACUUCCAUUGCAAUUGACACAAUAAUCAACCAGAAACGAUUUAAUGAUGGAACAGAUGAGAAGAAGAAGCUGUACUGUAUCUAUGUUGCAAUUGGCCAGAAGAGAUCAACUGUUGCUCAGCUGGUGAAGAGACUUACUGAUGCAGAUGCGAUGAAGUACACCAUUGUGGUGUCUGCCACUGCAUCUGAUGCAGCACCCCUGCAGUAUCUGGCUCCCUAUUCAGGCUGCUCCAUGGGGGAAUACUUCAGAGACAAUGGAAAACACGCGUUGAUCAUCUAUGAUGACUUAUCCAAACAGGCUGUUGCCUAUCGUCAGAUGUCUCUGCUGCUGCGUCGCCCACCUGGUCGAGAAGCCUACCCAGGUGAUGUGUUCUACCUGCACUCCCGCCUGCUGGAGAGGGCAGCCAAGAUGAAUGAUUCCUUUGGAGGUGGCUCUCUGACUGCAUUGCCUGUCAUUGAAACUCAGGCUGGUGAUGUGUCUGCUUACAUUCCAACCAACGUCAUCUCCAUCACUGAUGGACAGAUUUUCUUGGAAACUGAGUUGUUCUACAAAGGUAUCCGUCCAGCCAUCAAUGUUGGUUUGUCUGUAUCACGUGUAGGUUCAGCUGCUCAGACCAGGGCUAUGAAGCAGGUGGCAGGUACCAUGAAGCUGGAAUUGGCUCAGUAUCGUGAAGUAGCUGCCUUUGCCCAGUUUGGGUCUGAUCUGGAUGCUGCUACGCAGCAGCUGCUGAAACGGAUCCGUGGUGUACGUCUGACAGAGCUGCUCAAACAAGGACAGUAUGUUCCCAUGGCUAUUGAGGAACAGGUUGCAGUCAUCUAUGCUGGUGUCAGAGGUCACUUGGACAAGCUGGAGCCUAGCAAAAUCACCAAAUUUGAGAGUGCUUUCCUAGCUCACGUACUCAGCCAGCACCAGGCCCUCCUCUCCACAAUCAGGACUGAAGGGAAGAUCUCUGACCAGACAGAAGCAAAGUUGAAGGAAAUAGUCACAAAUUUUCUGGCUACUUUUGAGGCAUAAACUCGUAAAACUGUUAAAACAGACCAGGCUAUUGCGAUCCUGUGCUCCAGCUCCGUCAAAGACUUAAAAGUAUGUGCGACUUGAAUGUACAGAUCUUGGUGAGAAUAAAAAUUCCCAUGUAAAAAGG